AACAGGACUAGACUGCGCACCACGGCCAUUACGACCUGCAUUACGUGGCCCUUGCCUUUCCAAUCAUCGCUUUCCGCGAUCUUGCCUUCGAAAGUUGAAUACAUGCCCCACUGAAUAUUGCUCUAACUUGCCUUCCCGUCGUUCGGGAUCUGCAGUUUUACCCUUUCAGCAGUUCCCUACCUGCGGUCCUCCGCCAUGUUUGCCGCGGUGAGGAAUCGCGACGUCAGCACACUUCGGUCUUUGCUUCUUGGAUCUGACACUUCAAGCAGUGGCCAUACUGGUGGGCCAGGUAGUGGAAGCUUUGGAAGCCUGGGGAAACAUAGCGUCCUAAAGCAGCGCAAAGGGACGGUUGACCCAAAUGAAAGGGAUGGUGAAGGCAAUACCGUUCUGCACAUUGCUGUGGCUUCAGGGAAUGUGGAAGCUGUAAACAUAAUUCUCCAAUGCCCGAAGCUCAAUGUGAAUGUGCAAGAUACGGAGAGUGGCUACACUGCUCUCCAUAAAGCCCUAUACGACGGAAACCUCUCACUAGCACUGCACAUACUCCGUCAACGCGAGGACUGUGACCUUACAAUUCGGGACCGAGAGGGGAACACUUGUUUGGGACUUCUUGUCUCGACCAUCGAGAGUGCGACGUCAAUAAGCGAGCCAUUGCCUCCAAUUAGCGACCCGCCAGCCGAACGAUCCUAUGAUUCUGAUGAGGACAGUCCUUCGCAGGAAAAGCGUACUGAUGAUCGCCCAGAUGCUGCCGCAUCGUUGUGGACCUGGGGAAGCAAUACAAACUAUCUACUGGGACAUCAAAAUUCGGAUGACAGGGCUUUCCCGGAAAGGGUCGAUAUAACGGCGACUUACAGGAAGUCAGACAGGCCAACCGUAACGGUACAGACGUUUUCAGAACACGACCCUGAUGUGAAGUCAAUCGUCUUGUCAAAGUACCAUAGCGCUAUUUUGACGAGCGAUCGGUUAUUUACGAAUGGGGUGGGGUCAGGUGGAAGGUUAGGUCUCGGAGAUGAAGAUACAAUGUUAAGACCAAUGGUCGUAAGAGGGGUGAAAGGUAAAGUAGCCUCCCUUGCAGUCGGGCCAGAGCACACUGUGGCUGUGACCACCACUGGAGAUAUAUGGACAUGGGGUAGCAAUCGAUAUGGACAGCUAGGCUACGUUUCGGAAACUGUUGGAAAGGAUACACCUUGUGAAUUGAAGCCAAGGGAAGUUGGAGGGACUCUCAAGAGAGUCCGCAUACUUGGUGCGGCAGCAUCCAGACAUCACACCGCAGCCUUUUCCGAUGCGGGGACAAUCUAUACGUGGGGCAUAAGCGUGGGUCAACUAGGAUAUCAACAGCCACUGAACACCAUCCACAAUUACCCAAAGAAGGUUACAGAUUUUCCCCAGCAGAAUAUCCUUCAGCUAUCAGCGACGAAAAGUGCCACGGCGGUCCUCACUGAAUCCUAUGAGGUCUUCGUCUUUGCAGAAUUCAAAUACAGUAGAGUCACCUUCCCUUUCCAGCAAUUCCCGAAACACGUGCAAGUCCACCACCCCCGAACCGAAAAGCCUCCUUAUAUUACCAAGAUCGUCUCUGGAAACCACCAAUUUGCGGCUUUAACAUCUGCCGGUGAUGUCUUUCUUUGGUCUCCGCCUGAGAAGCAGUUUGCGGAAACAUGGCAGCACCUGACCUUUCCUCAGAGAAGACCCAAGAAAGUCUGGUCCGUUCGUAAGAAACAUCUGGCAGCUCGUGAUGUCGCUGUUGGUAUCGAUUCAAGUAUUAUUAUUCGGACAGAUAGCGGUCACGUCUUCAUAGGUAUCAGACGCAAAGAUGCCAAAGUGAGAAACGUGAGCGAGACCGACGAGGCCAAAGACGUCGUUUAUUUCAAAUACCACAAAAUACCAUAUCUCCAGCACGUCCAACACGUGGUGGCCAGCGCGUCAGGAGCUUAUGGUGCUAUUCGAUUGGAUCGUCGCCCGCGUACCGUUACAGUCAGUCCUGGUACCCUCCGCGAGGAUAUUCACAAAGCCUUCUCCGCGGAUCCGGAUCCGGAUAAGCCAGACUUCCAUGGCGUUGGAAUAGGCCCGGACGUGGAAGGUGUUGGGGAUGUGGUGUUUGUCACAAGAGAUAAACGGACUCUUCAUGCGCAUCGCGUGAUUUUGGCCUGUCGUUCCCCUUUCUUCAAACGCUUGUUCUGCGAUGGGAACCUGCUACCUGGAACCAAGAAGACUGUAAAAGACGUCACAGUAGAAUUCAAGCUCAAUACGAUGUCGAAUGUUGUCGAGAUAUCCGUUCCGACGUGCCAUUCGCGAACAUUAUCCCUUUUAUUAGACUACAUAUAUAGCGGAGGAUUCCGCAAAGCUUGGGACCACACGAUAUUUAUGCGUGAAGACACCACUAUUACUCCGCACGGGUCUCUGCAACCGUCGACCAUUUAUAAGGAGUUCAAUCAAUUUGCCAAAACUUUCCAGCUCGGCGAUACCGACGUGAUUCAGCUGACGGAUAGUAAAGGACGCGCCUACCAUCAGCAUAUCUUUUCAAUUCUGAAUGAUAGUAAAGACACAUAUGAUCAGUUUUCCGAUGUCUUAUUACGGCUCUCUGAUCGUGAUGUUCGGGCACAUCGGGUCAUUCUGACAACUCGAUGCCCUUUCUUUAAUGCAAUGCUGGGAAGCGGUUCGCGUUGGUCGUUCGCAGAGGAAGGUGGACUGGCGCUGGUGCAACUUGAUCAUUUUCGUUUUGAGGUGAUGGAGGUCGUGUUGCGAUAUAUAUAUGGUGACGGCAGUGCCGACGAGGUUUUUGCUGGAAUAGAAAAGCGAGGCAUAUCUGAGUUUGUUGAGUUCACCAUCGAGGUCCUUGCCGCGGCAAAUGAGCUGUUGUUGGAAAGGCUGAAGGAGAUAUGCGCGGUUAUUCUGGAGCGAGCAAUGGACAUUCGAAAUAUGGUUGCAAUGUUGGUUGUAGCAGAUACGUACGAGGCGACGAAACUGAAGGAUGCUUGUCUCAAUUUCGUUUGUAGGAAUAUGGAGACAGCUGUGGAAUGUCGCAUGCUAGAGGAUGUCGCUGAGGAGCUCAUAACCGACAUUGAAAAUCGACUUCGCGACAUGCAAUCCCGGAAAUACCCCUUUACGCGGGGCGAGAAUAGUAUUUACCAACGCAUCAGAGCAAUUGCCGUAAACGAGGAAGAAGAAAGAAAGCGACGCAGGAGAUCAGCGUACGAUGAACGAAAACGGGUAGAGCGGGAAAUGGGUCUAGUUUGCGCAACUAGCUCAUACGAAGAGGCGUCUGCUGGGUCGAAGCACUUUCCGCUUCGUGAGAGCACUGAAGGUGACAGCGGCGAUGAUCAAAAGGAUGUUCCCCGCGAGCGAGGCUUUGACGGGGAGGAGGAGGAUCUUUUUGAGAUGGAGAUGGAGGCUCCCAUGAAGGAAGGUGAUAAGAAGACUGGUUCUAGCAGUCAGGAGGCAUGUACCCCCACACCAGGUGCGAAAGCUACUUCUCGUGGUAAGAAGGACAAGCGCGCGUGGAGGAAGUUGGAUUUGAACGGGAUGACCGCUGUGUCAGUGUCGCCGGUCGCGGCAACGACAACCGCGCCGCCCGUUGCACCAGCCAAGGUCGAAUCUCCGAGCCCAGUCAAGACCUGGGGAGCCGUUAUAGCAAAAGAUCAAAAAGCCUCUUUCAGAGACAUCAUGGAUGAGACGCGUGCGACAUCUUCCACCCCCGUUUCCAAUCUUUCGAUUGCCAUGGCAAGCCGAAAGAAAUCUUUCCUCGAUAUCAUGGCAGAAGCUGAAGCAAAACCUCCCACCUCUCCCGACUUUAGCGUUGGGGUCCAGAAGCGAACUAUGUCACCUAGUCCCGCAAAGAAACCUCCCUCUGCAACCUCUGCUCAAAGGCCUCCAGCACCCAUAUCAACGCCAACAAAGCCAGCUCCGUGGACGUCUAGUGGCAGUCCCGCAACGCCUUCAGCAACACAUCCCUGCACGCCGCCACCAGUAUCACAUUUCCCGAUUACCAUCAAAGUAACCUCACCGUCUAGAACCAAGAUGUCGCAAAAGGAACGCCGAAAGUCAGCCGCCGCAGCCAAAGCCUCUUUGCCGUCACCACCAUUAGGUCCUUCUCCCUCUCCUUGGGCAAACACCGUGCCCGCAUGGGGGUUAAAUUCCAAGCCAAAUGGGACUGGCAGUAUGGGUAAAACGCUCAAACAGAUCCAAGAUGAGGAGCGAGCAGGGUUGAGCGGCGGUGUGGAAUUGGCUGGACGAUCCAGCAGUAACGGCAGUAACGGCAGUAUAUCAUCCAACAACCCGGCAUCCCAUUGGUUGGGCGGGCCAGGAUUUGCUAGUGCCGCCGCUUCAGCAGUUUCAUCCUCCUCCGCGACAGUGUCUUCCUUCACAUCCAUUCAAGCCGAACAGCUGCAUUAUCAGCAAGCUCGGCACAAGAUGCUCAAGAAGCCGCUAUCACGCAUCCAAGCCGAGGAGCGCGCCGUAAAAGACUUGAUUGAAUUUUAUGCCAUGACAAAAGGGGUUGGGAGUGGGGAAUGGGUAGUUGUGACGAGGGGUGAGAAGAGUUGAUACUCCAGUGGACCAUGAAAUCUUGUUAUGUGGCUGUCACUUGUUCUUUUUGGAUACUCUUAUAUUUAUGACACUUCACACGGCUCAUGCCGUGUAUGAUUAAUGUGUAUUUUUAAGUGGCAUUGAGAGCGGCUCUAUAAAGAUGUGGAUUGACUCCUCAAAAUGGUCAAGAUAUGCAUCCAGACGGCAGUG